AAUUGCUUGUGGCGUACGUAGACCUGUCCUUCUGCGUUUGUCCUAACCGCAGAGAAGCAGCCUCACCUCAUUUCCCGGGAAUUUCUGAAACACUUGCACAGAGUUCUACAUAUAACUAUUCAUGCAAAGAAUUCUACAUGUAGUGCGCUUCAACACCGGUUUGUACUGAAACAAGAGGAGGAAGAUUCUUGUAACAAGCAAUCAUGGGUGCCUGCGCCUCUUCGUCUCGCGGUCGAUCAAACCAAGGCAAGAACCUGAAAUCCUCAAAGGUUGCGGCCGUUCCAUUUACUCCGGCAACUCAGACGGUCGCUGCUGCUGCUGCCUCGGCUAAGAUGGAAGAAAAGAGCAGCUUCAAAUGGAGGAUCGAUGGAUUCUCCACGCUUCUUGAUAAGCAAGAAGGAUGGACGAGCUCCGGAUAUUUUGAGAUCAAGGGAAUUAAAUGGUACCUGCAGUUGAACCUGAAGGACCGGAAACGUGGUGAUAAAAGAGACUACGUUUCCCUUAUGCUUGAGCUGUCAAAAACUUCUGAUCUGAAAUCUGAAAUCGUCGUUGAAGCAUCGUUCAAGCUCUUGAUAUACGAUCAAGCAUACGGAAAGCACAGAGAACAUGAAUUUAGCCACCAUUUCCAGACUGAAGGAAGCAGAAGAUCCGGGGUCUCAUGCAUGAUCCCCGUCGAGACACUGAAGGAAGAAUCCUCCGGAUUCAUCGUUGGUGACAGCUGCGUCUUCGGCGUGGAGCUCAUCAGUCUCGCCACUGCCAAGGCCAACCACAGUUCAGAAACGGUGCAUGUUCAGAAGACAAACGGCUUCAGCGCCCGGGAAGCCUACACCUGGGUCAUCGAUGACUUCUUGGCCCUGAAGGGACGGUGCUACUCACCAGAGUUUGAGAUCGGUGGCCGCAUAUGGUACCUGAUCAUGUACCCUUCCGGCAUCGAUGACAGCGGGGAGUUCCUCUCCCUCUACCUGAACAUGGCCAAGCCAGACGCUUCCCUCCAGAGAUCAGGAGCGCUAGUAGAACUCAGCCUGUCCAUCAAAGACCAGGUGACCAGCAAUCGCUAUACAAGGACAGGGCGGUGCCAGUUCGUGGCGACGGAGGAGGGCGACGGCUGGGGAUGGGCAAAGUUCAUGGAGGUGAAGUCGGUGAAGGACCGGUACCUCGUGAAGGGCAGCUGCUUGAUCGAGGCAGAUGUUGCCAUCGUUGGCUCGUCCAAGAUGGAGUAGAGAUCCUACGACUCUCUCUGCCUGCGUGUGUGUGUGCCGGCGUCCAGAUUGGAAAUGGGCAGUGUGGCUUAUGUUUUGUUGAUUCUGUCUGUCUGAACAUUCUGUCAGUAACAUUGCAAAUGGUGGACAAAUGUUAUGAGGUAGCUAUACGUAGAUGUCACGCCGUCGCUCUCCAAGGAUGGCUUGUUGAGCAGCUUUUCUAUUUUAAUAAAGGGACAAAAUUACU